AUGCGCCAAACUCAACUCAUCAGGAGACUACGUUCUCAAAGACUCACUGAAGUGAGUUUAAGUCGAAGAAAUGUUCAUUCUCUGAGCCGUCGUAUGGACAUAUUCGACGAGCUCAAGGAGCCAAAAAACGAAGCUCCAGCUAAGAAGAAUGCCAGCACUGUUUUUGAUAUAGACGAGUUGAUAGCAAACUCGCCAGAUUUACAGCAAGGUCAGAUGUUUGGUCUGAACUACGACAAGUAUGCAUUUGGCAACACGGUGAAACAUCCAAGAGAUGUUGCAAAGGAAUUAAACGUUACGGGUGUAGCGGCAGGACGUACCGUCGAUGUCAAGUAUGGUAACGUUUCCGCUGCUUUGAGUCAGUUGACGAAAUUGGUACGUGUCGAAAAGAUACCUCAAAUGAAACAGCAGCAAAAGAGACACCUUAGACCCGCUCUUCUCCACGACUUGAAGCACAGGCAAUGGUGGAGAUCAAACUUCCUGUUGAGAUUCUCCAAUUUGUUAACAGAGAUUUUGGAUGCUAAGAGGAGGGGAUAUUAA